AUAGUGCCGUGAGGGAGGACGAUCGUUCAUUUUGACCGUGAAGAACUUGAUUUUCAUCGUCAAAUCGAAGAUUAAGUGGUCGAUUUGUGCGUGGGUGCUUGAUUUUCGUGGGAAGGAAAGGGGUUUUCUUCAUUUCAGACAUUUCUUCUUCGUAAGAUAUGGAUCCUACAUGGCAAUGGUGCGAAAGGGUGAAGGAGAAUAACCGUUUGAAACUCAAAUGUGGCUUCUGUGGGAAUACACUUUCAGGAGGGAUUAUUAGAAUGAAACACCAUUUGGCAGGGACCUCCAAAGAUGCGUCUCCUUGUGUUGGAGGACCAAACAAACCUCUGCCUCCAUUUGUGCGUCAACAAUGUUUAGAUAUGCUUCAUGCUUUACGUCAAAAGAGAAUACAAAAAGAAAUUGAAGAUGCAGAUGUAGGCUAUAAUGUGCCUUUGGAAGAUGAAGAAGAAGAGGAUGAAGCUUAUGAAUGUGAUGAUGAAGACGAUAGCAGUCUAAGAACAGAUUUGGAGACCUCAAGAGGUAGAGAUCGUAGAGGAAAAGGGAUUAUGUAUGAAGGAGGUCGAUCUGGCAUAACGGGAAGGAAGAGGAGAGGCACAACAGAUGUUAGGGCCAGGCGUGGUAUGCGACCACCUAGUGGUAGAGUUCCUACUGGUAGGUCUAGUGUUGGCUCUAUUAAUAGUUUUUUCCCUUCAUAUACCAGCCCAGGUGGUCAGCCGCAGAUUCGUGCUGCUAUGACAUCUAAAGAUAUGCUAUAUCAUGCACAAAAGCAGGUAGGGAAAUGGUUUUAUGAUGCCUGUAUUCCAUUCAAUGCAGCUAAUUCUUUUCAAUUCCAAGCCAUGGCAGAUGCAAUUGCUUCUAUAGGCCCCGGAUUCAAAAUGCCAUCAUAUCAUCAGUUGAGAGGCAAAAUUCUUCAGGAUACAGUCAAAGAAGUGUCUGAGCAUUGCGAUGAGUUGAAAUUAUGUUGGAAGGAAACAGGUUGCUCCAUUAUGUCAGAUGGUUGGACUGAUACAAGGUCAAGAACACUUGUAAAUUUUCUUGUGUAUUGCCCUAAAGGUACAAUGUUCUUGAAAUCUCUUGACUUGUCUGAUGUUCCUAAGACUGCUGAGAUUUUAUUCAAUGUUUUUGAUAAUGUUGUACAAGAAGUUGGACCUGCAAACAUUGUACAGUUUAUUACAGAUAAUGCUGCAAAUUAUAGAGCUGCAGGAGAUUUGUUAUUUCAAAAGUAUAGAACAUUUUAUUGGAGUCCAUGUGCCACUCAUUGUGUUAAUCUAAUGCUUCAAGAUCUUAAUGAGAUGCAUGAUAUGAAAUCAGCCAUUGACCAAUGUCAAGAGGUAACAAAAUUUAUCUAUAAUCAUGCAUAUGUAUUGAGUUUGAUGAGAAAAUUUACAAAAGGAGUUGAAUUAAUACGACCUGCACAAACUAGAUUUGCCACAAAUGUAUUGACUGUGCAGAGUGUGGUGAAACAAAGAACUCCUUUGAGACAGAUGUUUGCUAGUGAAGAAUGGGCUGCAUAUCCACAUGCUCAUAAAAGAAAUGCUUCUUUAGUUGUGGAUAUUAUAUUCAAUAACGUAUUUUGGGAAUCAUGUGUGAAGCUAUUGAAGGUUUGUGUUCCAUUAGUUAAGGUUCUCAGGUUGGCUGACAGCGAGGACAGACCUUCUAUAGGGUACUUAUAUGAGGCUAUGGACAAAGCAAAAGAGGCAAUUCGAGACAACUUAAAGGAAAAGAAAAAGUUAUAUAUGCCCAUAUGGAAGAUUAUAGAUAAAAGGUGGACUGGACAGCUUCAUCAACCUCUUCAUGCAGCAGCUUAUUAUCUAAAUCCUGCAAUUAGAUUUUCUCCUACAUUUAAGAAGGACAGAGAAGUCAUGCAUGGUUUGUUAGAUUGUAUUAAUGUGUUAGUGGAAGAUUCUACAGAACAAGAUGCUGUGCACAAUGAGUUGGAUCUAUAUGAUAGUUGUUUUCGGAACAUGGGACUACCUGCCGCCGUUCGAGCCAGGACAACGAUGCGUCCAGAUUUGUGGUGGAAUAGGUAUGGGUUUGAUUGUCCAAACCUAGCACGUUUUGCAGUCAAAGUCCUCAGCCAGACAUGCAGUGCUAGUGGAUGCGAAAGGAACUGGAGUGUGUUCCAACAUAUCCAUAGCAAAAAAAGGAAUAGGCUCGAACAUAAAAGGUUGAAUGACCUUGUCUUUGUUCGAUAUAAUAUGAGGUUGAAACAAAGAGAAUUAGAAAAAUCAUUAGCAAGGAAGCACACAUCUCAGUUCGAUCCUAUCAGCUUGGAAAAUUUUGACGAUCUAGAGCCAUGGAUUGAAGAAGAACCAGCUACAAUAUUUGAUGAUGAAGAUCUUGAAUGCUUCAACCUUGAAGUUGAAGCAACAGAAGGCUUUGUUGAUGAAGGAGAGUCUGCUACUGCUGGUGCUGGUGCUGAAUAUGUUGGUGAAGAUCUUCCAAUUCUUGACGAUGAAGAAGAAGAAGAAGAUGAAGAUGAAGAUGAUGAAGAUUAUGAAUGAUGAAUCAUGAAUGAGAGUCAAGUCAAGAGUGCUUUCAUUUUAUAUGUAUCAAAAACUUAAGAGUUAUGAAUCUAUGGUUGUUGAACACUUGAUUGAAUGUUUUAUCAUUUAUGACUUUAUCACUUUAUGGCUUAUGGCCUUAUGCUUUGUUGAAUGAUAUUGUAUUAUUGUUAUGAAUUUUGAUGUUUAUGAAUGAUGAACGCGUAAGUUUAUAGCAAUAAUAAGUCUAUCAUUAUCUCAAACAUGUUUUCUAUGAACAAUUUAUUAUUUUUAAUUUUUUCUGAUUUUUUUUAUGAAUUUUCCG